AUGAAGCCCGCGGGGUGCCUCAACAACCCCCUCGACCCCAUACAGCUUCCGACGUCUGCCCCCGGAGCCAUCGACGCUGAAGUGGAACUCGCCGUCGUCAUCGGGCGAGACUGCAAGAAUGUCGACGCAACCUCGGCUCUGCAGUACGUACUUGGUUACACGAUAGCCAACGACCUUACGGCGCGCGACACGCAGUCGCACACGUCGCAGUGGGGGUACUGCAAAGGCUACGAUGGGUUCUGUCCCCUUGGGCCCGUCUUGGUAUUGGUAGAUGCGGUGCCGGAUCCCUCGGCGUUGUCAAUGACGAUGACACUCGAUGGCGAGGUCCUUCAAGAUGGCAACACGUCGGAGAUGAUAUUCUCUGUGGCCGAGAUUGUAUCCCACUUGUCUCAAGUACGACUCGCGAGACCUGCCAUGCCGCAGGGGCGAUCCAUGCAACUCACGGGCCGACGCUGA